CCAAUCAAAUCGCGCAAAAUAUCUCCGCCAAUCACACUACGCCCGAUCUAGGCCUAAAUCAAUACAGCCGCUCCUUCUACCUUGAUUCUGCCACCCUUAUUCACGUGAUACACUCCCCUUAUAUCACUUCUACAACCUUCAUUACCGCUACGCUUCAGCAUGGAGGGACAUAAUAAUAGCUUCGGCUUCAUGCCAGACGAUCUAGGUGGUUAUGAUGACCUGAUGCAACAUGCCGGCUGGCCAGCAGAUGCAAACCAACACCAGCAACAGUUCUCCUUUGCUUCGCCAAGCCAGGACUACUCACGGUAUACCACCAGUCAGCCAGCACCUACUCACGGGCACUAUAACACUACCCAGCAGCCAAUAUAUCCUCCAGUGUCGUAUUCUAAUUCUCCCUAUGCUUCUCAAUACCAACAUGCGAGACCCUCGGAUGUCUUUGGACCGACCUCAUACAACGUCGAUCCUUCCUUGCAGGGCACCACAUACCAUGGACAUGAGAGUUCCUUCCCAUUUGCACCCCAGACCAACGAUACUGCCACCAUCUCCCCGCAGACUCUUCAAUACAGCAUAAAUCAGAAUCCAGCUGUAGGUCGUAGUGUGUCAAACUCUACCUUUCAACGAAGUGCUAGCAACGGCAUUGGAAAUAGUUUCCAUCCACGGCAACAGGACCAGUCCAAUAUGUUCUUUCAGAAUGUUGCUCCUCAGAACGGAAACGUUCUAUCAAAUCAAGCCAACAAUGUCAGAUAUCCAAUCUUACCCAACGAGAACUCCGAGGCAGAGUCCAAGCCAUACAUCAAGAGACAGGAAACAGAUACAGACUCCCAUACUCAGUUGGCUUCCGUUCCUCGUCUACAGCAGGUCAAACCGUCAACUCCGCCGAAUUCGCUCAGAUCGACCCAUCCCGAGCUGCUCAAUCGGUCGAAUAAUUCCUCUCAAGCACGUCUUGCCUAUGCCCCCUUCCUGCAUUUUGAGGAUACUCCGAUACAGGUUACUCUUGGUCUGAAAAACACACUACCAAAAUACCAUCCCAGAAAAUCUCGGAGUGGAAAAGAUAUUGUUCCGGGCUAUGAUAUGUCGACUUCUUUGACACCUGCCCGUGUAUCUACCAAGAAAGGCCGAUCUCCGAAGGAACCAAAAUUGACAGGCAGCAAAUACAAGGGCACAAGCCAGGCUUCACGAGCUUUGACAGCUAAGGCUGGCAACUCGACUGGUACUGAUCAAUUGACUUCCAUCAAAUCACCCGCAACCCCAACAGAGACAAGCUCAUCAGAAGAGGAGAGCGAUUCUUCGGAGGAGUCAGAAUAUGAGGAAGACGAGAUGCCCGUAAUGGAUAUCAGCACAGUACGAGGCCUGUCGCGUCCAACUACAAUCCCCGAGGCUAUUCGAUAUGAUGCAAUUGGGAUCGUUUGGAAAGACCCUAAUUCCAAUCCCAAUUCUGAUGUUGUCAAGGACGCCAUCGAGAAAUUUGCAACUUUCUUUAGUGUGCGCCGUAUGGAAGUCAAAACCAACGCAACAAAGAUGGAUGAAGCCGCUUCUCGUCCAGCGGAGCUUCAGAAGUUGAAAGAGCAGCGCACCACCCUACUCGCGUCUCUAUACCAAACAAUUGAUGCUGCAAAUCAGCUUGGCUAUCCCCCCAUAGUAGAAAACCUAGGAGGUCAUCACAAAUUGGUCAAUGGUUUGACGACCACCUUGAUAGAGUGCUCUAAGGCGAAUGAUUUCCUUGGGCAGCUUCCAAGAGCAGUCUUCAGCUUGCUAGCCAAAUUCCAAACCAUGUCUGACGAGCUACUACAAAAGCUGAAGUUCGACGGUAUCCAAAAGCGGUGGAGCAAGAAAGGAGACGAGGAGACCAGAAAGAACAUCGCUGCCAUUCUCGCGAACACCACGAAUGCAAAAGAGAAAGCCGCCAAAGCGAAGAAGGACAGCGAGCAAGCAGACAAAGAGAAGAAGAUCCGUGACAGGGUUGAACAAGCCAGGGCUCGAGCUGCUGACAAUCCAUCUUCGCAAACCAGUAACCCAGCAAAAAGACCUCACGAAGGUGACGGAUCCAAUGGGAAGCCAAGCAAGAAAAUCGCGACUGAUGGCUCUGGUGGCAUAAACCCCAUGUUGGCGAAGUCUGUUCCUGCAAAGAGACCCGGAAGCAACCUACUAGGAAUCACGUCCAAACCAGUCUCUAAGCCUACUCCGAGAAAGCGCGAACCUUCUCCACCAACUGAAUCGAAGCUGGGUGCACUCCUCGCCAGCAUUGCCAAGCCUCCCGAGGCCCCCAAAGCUGCUGAGGCUCCUGUCAGACCACCUGAGACACCGGAAGAAAAGGCUCGGCGUGAAAGAAAGGAGAGCAGAAGACACCUUAGAGUCAAAUUCAAGGAAGGGCUUGAGUUAGAGGAGAUCCGACUGUUCAAGCAUGAACAGGCAGAAGACGAAGGACGGCAGGAUGAAAUGCUGAGGGAUGCACAUGAGCAUCGUCUGGAAGGUAUGAUGCACAAGCGGCAGCUUUCGGAACCGAUAGAUGAAGAUGAGGACUAUCAGCCAAGCGAGCCCGAUAUUCCGUAUCCCGACCUGAUUGGAAUCGAUUUCAACAAAGUCAACACAUCUACACCAUUUGGAGAUAUCUACGUCACGCGCGGCGGCUCUCGAUUCUUUACAACUCCAGAACAAGCAACGCAAGGACGCCGAGAAGGAGUAGAACUCAUGGUCAUCUACACGGUUCCGAGUGAUAUCCCACCAACUCCGAAGGAGCUUACGCACUUAGAGUUAUCGCAAAUGGACGGUACCGACGAUUAUCAGCCGGAGCGUCUCCUGAAGGCCCCCACCGAACCAUGGCUCGUUCAGCGACUUCACGAGAUUCACCAAUAUGGGCCAGAGGUUGCUCGUCAAGUUUUGAACAGUCGUCAAUCCACGCAACAGUGGGGACAACAAAAAGAUCACCAGCUUCUUCCUACCUCAGCACCUGCCUCGAUGCAGAUCCCACCGACUCUUCAACACUCUGCGGGGCCAGUUCAGCAAGGAUCUCUGUCCCAAUCCCAGCAAGACAAGCCACAAAAUCCACUUGCCCUUGAUCCUGAAGCAUUCGCCAAUGUCCUCCGCAUUGUCGAAUCUCUGAAGAACAAACCAUAUCCUCCUACACAACCACCAGACUGGAUGACGGAUCCCGCCAAGCGUGACGAAUGGAUGGCUGGAUAUAUCAAAGACAAGACAAUCAAGGAUCAGGCAGAAGCUUCCAAGAUGAUUGCCCAGAUGCCAGCUGCUCAUCUUCAACCCCCGCAGAUGCUACCGCAACAAUUUGCACAACCACCUCAAAUGACUUUUGCGAUUCCAGCACAACCACCAGGAGUUGUUGCGAUCUCUCAGAAUCCAGAGUUCGCCCAUCAAUUACAGAACUUCCUAGGUGGUUAUCCGAUUGGCGAUAGUAAAGGCGCACCGUCCGACUACAGCAGCUGGGCUGGUAAUGCCGCCAACCUACAAAACGACCCCAACGGCUACUCGGCUCAGAACCAGGCUCGCUGGGAGGCUAAUUGGAACAACGAAAAUGCGAAGCCUGGUCGAUCUCAUGAGAAGAAGCAACGCGGUGGUCAUAACUCGAAGCAGGGUGGCAAUAGCAAUUUCUCUGUAUUCGAUGAACGUGGCGAGUACAGGGGCAAGAAGCGACCAUGUCGAUUCUAUCAGGAUGGCAAAUGUGCCAAAGGAGCGGCCUGCACGUACCUCCACGAUGACUGAGAGCAACAAGAUACCUGUGCUGUCUUCAUAGAUCUUUGCUUCAUUGCCAGCCUCUCCUCGAUACGAUAAUUUUCCUUUGUUUGUACUAAUUCAGCAUCAGUUGGCGUUUAGAGCAGAGCAGCAAUACCCCAAGAUUCUGUGCUCUCGUUCCGGCUCUUGCAUUUUCCUUCCUCUGUACUCCUAGACUCGAUUCUCGGUGGGGCAUCACUCGUCAUUGCUCGUUGCA